CUGGCCCUUAGGCCGUACUGCCCUGUAACCAGGGGCGAUUCUAUGGAGUCUGGCCCUUAGGCCGUGCUACCUUGCAACAAGGGGCGUGAACCCUCACACCAUCCUUUUGAAACAGGGACUGUCAAACAUGCCGCAUCGUGUGGAUGUCUCAUGAUGGGGCAAAUGUGCACAAAGGGCAAAGAUGAAAUCCAGGAAACUUAAUUUUACUUCUGAAAAAAGAGUUUAAUCCACAACUUUCUAUCACCAUGAUACAUUCCGGAAGAUUAAAAAGAAGCAGUGCACAUGCUCGGAGAUGCUUUUUCUUGUUCUGUUGGCAGUUUGCAGCGGCCAUGUCAAAGAGACCAUCACAAAGACAAGAGAAAUCAGAAGGAAGCGCCAAUUAGCAGGAUGCUGACACCUUGCCUCCUAAGAAGAGUGGUCUUCCUGGUUCCUUUAAUUUUUGUAGUUGUGCUGCUCACCAUGGAGCUCAUUAAAGCCGACCAAGAAGCAGGAACAACAAUCCCAGCUGAAAGUCGCCCCUGCGUUGACUGCCAUGCAUUUGAAUUCAUGCAGAGGGCCUUGCAGGAUUUAAAGAAGACUGCGUAUAAUCUAGACACACGGACAGAAACACUGCUUCUUCAAGUGGAAAAGAGAACUCUGUGUGACUGUGUAACUGCAGACACGCUGAACUGAAUGCUGGAGAACAGCCAAAAAGUGUCACCGGUUCAGCUGUUUUUUAAAGUGCUGCUGCAUGUAAUACGGACAGCUGUGUGGAGUACAUAUUGCAAGCACGUAAGCCCCAGUGUAGUGAGGAAAGCAGGUGGGGAGUUUCUGUAUGAGAUGGUGGGGUGGGAUGGUCUGUCUUAUGCUUGUUUUCUCCAGGAUGAAGGUGCUACUAUUGUGGCUUGACUGAUUGAUCAUAUCAAGACAGAGCAUUGCAUGCUGGAAUCUGUAGUCUCUGCAGGCUCUAUCUCCAUAUUAAAGGUAAUGGUAGCUACAGCCCAUUCUGUUUAUUUAUAAUGUAAAUUUGGACCAGAUUCAGCCAGUUUGUAACUCUGUGGAUUUCAAUGGUGCUACACCUGCUUAUAUCUGGACUGAAUUUGGCCCUAAACAGGACUCCUGGGUCUCCUGGGACGCCGUCUACUUGAUUGGAGAAAAUAUAGGUAUCCCUGAAUUAAAUCAUACACUGUCACUACCCACUUAGUGCUCCCACUGUAUGCCAGCCCAUGUAGAAAUAGCUAUUAUUUUAACAAUCUAAAUGCAUGUUCUGUACAAAGGGAAAAGGAGAAUAAAACUACUAGAAAAACAGGUAACCCCACACCCAAAUGUACCUUGUUUCCUUUUGAAUGAGAUCUUGACAAUAGGCUAAGCUAAAAGCUCAGUGUGAAUGGGGGAAGGAGGAAUCAAAUUUUCAUUCACUGUCACAGUGCAGUGUAGCUUUUCUCUGAGAAAGUACGUUCACCAUAUGAAUGUACAUGGCACUCAGAUGUUGUCACUGAGCUAGUUAGUGGUGUCACAAAGCAACACACUAUUGAACAAGUCAACUUUUGUACACAUCAAAAAUGUCUGCUAUGUUCUCCCCGGGGUGAGUGCUCAUGCAUACGGGAGCUCUGUUUUCUUUGCCCUCUGCAAACCUUGUGUGUAUAUUGUAAGUAUGAAAAGGGGAAGAAGUGAAAGCAUUAGAAAUUACUGAGUUAUGCAGAUUAAGAGAGACAAGAUGUAGAGAGACCAGGAGGGUGAGGUAAUAUCUUUUAUUGGACCAACUUUUGUUGGUGAAAGAGACAUGCUUUUGAGCUACACAGAGCUCUUCUUCAGAUCUGGGAAAGGUAGUCAAGAGUGUCACAUCUAAAUACAAGAUCCAACAGCUAGUUGAGCAUAAGUAGUUAGCACAUGGUCUAAGGGACCAUUCAAGGCCUGUUUAAACCCCUCCUGAAAGAAAUCUUACCCGAAUCCCCUUUUCUGGCCCCCAAAUAACCCCCCAACCUCUCCAAGCCCAUCACUAGAAGCAAGCUUUAUUUAUUUAGCUUCUUUUCUUUCAGUCCCUUCUUAAAAGUCACUCCUGCUGCCAGGCCUCCUACAAGAAGUAAGUUAAUUAAUCUAAAACGCCCCAAACAACUAAACCCCCAGCCCCCCUUUUUAGUACAUUUAACAGCACCAUCAGGGCAUGCGUAUAAUCUUAUUACUAUAAGCUUUGUCCUUCCUCACCCCUUCCCUGCAUUGUGUGUUAACCCCUCGCUGUGUCACUAUAAAAUUAAAUUAGAAGAUCUGUGAGGCAGAGCUUUUGUCUUAUUUAAAAUAAAAAAUAAAUUAAUUAAUGGAGAUAUCCUAUCUCCUAGAACUGGAAGGGACCAAAGGUCACUGAGUCCAGCCCCCUGCCUUCACUAGCAAGACCAAGUACUGUUUUUUGCCCCAGUUCCCUACAUGGCCCCCUCAAGGAUUGAACUCACAACCCUGGGUUUAGCAGGUCAAUGCUCAAACCACUGAGCGAUUCCCUCCCCCACUGAAAGUACCCAGUACACUUUCUGGUGCUGUAAACAUAUAAACUAAGCAUCGCCAUUUAAAAUGUGUUUAUCCGUUGCUCUAGUUUCAUGUACAACAUUUAUUUGAUAACAUACAUACACAAAUAAAUGGGCCCAUGUCUGCAAUUUAAUAUAACAUAACCCACCUAAAGUCAUACUCUUUCCCCCUCAUCCAUGGAGAUGCUCAGUAUCUUUACGACUCUGUCUUUCUCACAGUCACUCCAUGGGAGUGGGGAACAGCGGAGAUAGGGGCUCAGAGGUCUUAUGAAAGAAUUGAAUUUUAAGACGUGACUUGAAGGAGGUGAGGGUGGAGGCAUAUCAGACCAGGUCAGAGGAAUUUCAAAUGUCGGGGGCCAUGAAGAAGAAAAAGACACAAAGAUCUGCAGGCACGUCACUUCUUUAUGUAAUCCGUCCCUCUUUGCAAGUAUUUACUAGUGGUCAAUGACAUGCAGCCAUAGUGGGGUAAGGAAACAUCCCACCAUAAAAAUGUUAUUUUAAAACUAUUAUGCAUUCUGAACUGUGGAGCAGGGACUGCAGUAAAUGUAAUAAACAGGACCCCCACCCAGGCAAAGGAUUGUUUCCAGCAACUGGUCCAAUAUUUCCUGAUGUCACUCUCUGAUUUCUGCUGUGAACAAUGAAGAUCUUCCACCACGUCAGUAUGUCUUUAUGAGCCUUGCGUGCAAGCUGCUCUUUGAAUCAAGGCACAUGAUACCACCCUCUGAGUCUCACUUAAGUAGCCAGUCGGUGGUUAAAACCAUGUUACAUUCUUACUGCUUUGUCAAUAAAGUCUGAAAAUGGAACUGUGCUGAAAACUCACAGUUAAUAUAGCUGCUGUUUUUCGAGUUACAAAAUCAGCUUGCAGGAGUGCUGACUUUUGCUGUUGCGUAGGGUUAGCAGGACAUGCAUUUCAAGAGAGGCCUGCAUUAAAGUUCUUUUCUUUGAAGGACCUGAA